AUGCAUUAACAAGCAGAACUUUUCGAUGAUAAUACAGGUAGUUUUAGUACUACAGAUUAAGUUGAAAUAAAUAAAGAACAAAAGGCUUCAAGGCCGAAAUCUAACCUACUGGAUGGCUCUUUCGUUUAAUUAGAUUUGAAGGAUAUAGUACAAUUCAACAAUUCUAAUAAAGAGUAACCCCUCAGUUUAACUCCUAACAUUAAAUCAGGUGAAAACAAAGGUUAGCUUAACCAAAGCUAACUGUAGAAUAUUCCCUAGCUAAAGAAGCAACCUUAGAGAAAAGAAAUAAUGGGAAGUCUACCUGCUUUAUUAAAUAUUAGAAAAAAUAAUGAUGAAAAAAUUCACAAAUAUAAAAUAGAUCCUCACACUCUUGAGAGCCCACUAUUAUUUAACUCAUGCAAAAAUCUUGAUUAAGAUUAAGACUAAACCAACAUUGAUUGCAAUUUUUAUAAUUAUCACGGAAUUUCUAUAAAAAAUAGAACUAAAAUGAUUGAUUGGAUGAUAAAAGUUUUAAGAGUUCUAGGGUCUCAAACUCCAAAAACAUAUAUAUAAUCUAUUCUAAUUAUGGAUAAAUACUUCUAGGUCAUGAAAUCCUAAGGUUAAAGAAUCCCAUAGUAAAGCUUGCACCUUGCUGGAAUGGUUUCUAUCUUUAUUAGUUCAAAAUUCGAAGAUGUAGAGAAGAUCAGUUUAAAUGAAAUAUAUGCCGAGGCCGGCCAUAAAAAAUAUAAAAAAUAACAAUUAUUAUAAUUUGAGAGAGAAAUCCUUGAAGCUAUAAAAUUUGAUCUAAACAUUUAGAAUUAUUUAGAUGAAUGCCACUUAAUGCUUUAAUAAUUAUAAGCUGAUCACGGCAAAAUCAGAAUAUCUGAGAAGGAAAAAUCCCAAUUAAACUGCUUUGCAAUUAAGAAUAAAAUAGUAAGAGUGGGAUUUAUGCAACAAGCUAAUUGGUGA